CCACAACCCUCCGAAAACCCUGUUUAACUCAAUGCGGACUCCACCGGAGACCGUAUCCGGCCUCACGCCGAGCAGCAUCCGAGAUGGAUACGGAUCGUGGACCGGAUACGGCCUCUGCUCGAGUUGCCCUCAGCCCAUCUUACUCCGCCGUCGUUCUCGCCCAAAGCGUUCCCGAAGUGGCGAAGCCUACGACCGCACCCCGCGCCAAAGCCCUAAACCCCAACCCGACCCACCGCGCCACUCGCCGCCAUGACCGACGCCGCCGACCAGUACCCCUACGGCGACCGCCCGUCGGGAGACGGUGGCGGUCGACGCGUCUACACGCCGUACCAGCCGGAGGGCCUCAGCCUCCCCUCGCUCCGCGCGAUCUACGACCUGCCGGCCUCGCCGGAGCUCCUGUUCCACGAGGAGCGCCGCGAGACCCGCACCUGGGGCGAGAACCUCACCUUCUACGCCGGGUGCGGGUACCUCACCGGCAGCGCGGCGGGGGCCGCCGCGGGGCUCCGGCGCGCCGCGGCGGAGGCCGAGCGCGGCGAGUCCGCCAAGCUCCGCGCCAGCCGCGCGCUCACUCAGUGCAGCGCCGUGGGGCGCGCGUACGGGAACCGGCUCGGCGUGAUCGGGCUUCUCUUCGCGGCGGUCGAGAGCGGCGUCGGCGGGCUCCGCGACGCCGACGACUGGGCCAACACCGUCGCGGCGGGGCUCGGGACUGGGUUGCUCUACCGCGCGGCGGCCGGGCCGAGGUCAGCGGUCUUUGGCGCCAUCGUCGGGGGGCUCAUGGCCGGCGCCGCCGUCGCCGGGAGGCAGGUUCUCGACAGAUACGUGCCUGAUCUGGCUUUCUAAACUGGAAUGGUGAACUGCACUAAUUGAGUUUCGAUCGAGUGGGUUGAGGUAGUAGUAGUAAUUAGGCUAAGUAAGUUAUUAUGAGUAUGAGCUUUAUAUAAAUUUCCAAGCUUUGUUGCUGAUGAGUAGAUUGCCGGAAUGUGAUCUGUCGAAUUAGCUUAUGGUGAGGAUGUUGGUUUAUCAUUUAUGGGUAUCAAUAUGUGUCCUGAGUUUGAGUAAAAUGUAGCGUCUUUUGCAUGGAGAUCGAAACUCAUUUUCUGUGAUGCUCUCUUUAUAUUACAGAUUAUGGAUUACGUGCAAUGCUGUAUGUGUGA